AAACAACUAGAUUAGCAAGCUUUGUUCCGUAAAUAUUUUUUUCCUCCACAGUAACUCUUUCAUUAUUUUAAAUUUACUUUGUAUACAAUAUGGCAGACUAUGGUUAUAGAUCUAGCUGCUCUAGAUUGGAGUUCCCUAAUGAUGAUGUCUCUAACUACAGUGAUGAUCAGAACACACUUCACUCUUCAAGGGAUGAAAUACGAGAAUGGAUGGAUGUCAACAGAAAGCUUCGCAAGCAUGGUUUAGAAGCAAUCCACAUUUUACCUUCAAAUGAGGUGAAUUUACAUUCAGAUCGGUAUAUCUGCAUAGAUGUAGAGUCCAGUCAUGUCCUGAGAACAGCAAUUGUGUCACUCAUUCUUGAAGUCAAUCGGAAGGAUAACAUGAUGCAAGAACUAACUAAAAGCAACAGUCAACUGCAAAAAGAAGUGAGUCAGUUGACAGAUGAGAUAGAUCUUCUGAAUGCUAAGUCUAAAGACAUCAAGGUCAUGUUAGAAUGCUCCAGAGCCAGAGUCCAGGAAAUGGAAAGAGAAAGAUCCACCCCAUCAUUUUACUCUGAAGAAACACAAAGGUUGAGAUCUUCCAAGUCAUCUGUAACUUCUAAAUGUAUUUUACUUGAAGCCAAAGUUGCAGAACAGGAGAAAGAAUUAGACAGACUCAGGAAUGAAGUGAACAGUUUUGUGAAAGAAGAAGCUAACAGAAGUAAAAGACAGACUCAAAUUGUUACAGACAUUAAAAAGCGAAACUCAUGUAAUCAUUCUCCAGUGGAUCAAAAAUGUGCUUUAUAUUCAUGCCCAUGUCGGAUUAACUUGCUGUUGGAUAUCAUUGAGUCUUACGAAACACAAAUUCAAACAUUACAGAGGCAGUUGGAAGGAAGCAGAUCAGAAGAAAGCAUUACUCAGGAUGAUGGGUUCUCAUAUUCAGUUGAGCCGAGACAUAACGUCCAGGCCAUUGUCAAGUCUUAUGAGAAACGUCUUUCGGAGAAAGAAAAAAAAAUUAAAAAAUUAGAAGAAGAGAACAAACACUUAAGGCUGGACUUGGGUUCAAAAUAUGAUGGAAAGGAUUACAGGAUGCUGUCACAGAGAGUGAAGAAACUGGAACGAUUAUUACACUUGCAUAAUAUCAGUAUCCCAGGAGAGAAGUCAGUGGCAGAUCCAUUUGAAAGAAGUAAGAGGUACAGCACACAUUUGAAUGAUUUGGACUUAUUACCUCUAAGCCAGUGUCAGCAGUAUCUCAAACUAGUCUGUAAAGAACUGGACACUGAUGAUCUAGACUGUCUAGUUUCUACUAUUCAAGAGUUAAAAGAUGAAGGACAAAUGUCUAAUAGAUUCCAUGAUUAUUGUAAAGAGCUGGCUGAAAUAGUUGAAGGUUUAAAUGAAGGCUGCCACAGAAGUCGUUCAACCAGACUUGUUAAAAGUCCAGAUAACUUCCUUUGUGAUAGUAACAUGAGGUAUUAUCUGGAGGUAAUCCAGAACUGGCGUAAGGAUAUUUCUGGUCUAGGUGGCCUACAGGAUGCAUUAAACCAUCUUUUGGACAAGGUGGUUCCCUGGAUGAGAGCUCACAUGGACCGUGACCACAGUGUGGAUGAAAUGACUGAGCUGGUUGAAAGAGUUGUUCAUGCAGACAAACAGGAAACCAACAAAGUGUUAGUGGAAGAUGUGUCUCGAAGCACUUUGGAAAGUAUUGUAAGUCACUUCCAGACAUUGUUCGAUGUUCCCAGGAUCUCAGGAAUAUUUCCUCGCAUGAAUGACAUCUAUAGAACUAUAGGAGAAUCUAAAAAUGUCAUGAACACACUGAAAAGCAUGUUAGGUCUAGAGCUGGAAACUCAUGCUUCAGGCUUGGUGGAUGCUGUGGGUAAACUCUGUCAUAUACACAAUACAACAACAGCCAAACAGUUAAAGAAACUUUUACAAACUGAUGAUUUGCAAGGAGUGAUAAGGAGACUAGAAGAACAUUCAGAAUUCUUUCCUGCCUUUCACAGCAUCAUGCACAAACUAUUUGAUAUAUUAGGUGUGGACAGAAUGGAAGAAAUACUUCCUGCCGUCAGAGCCCUUAAACUUCUAGCUAAAUAACUGACACUUUUCACACAAUGAUACAGUGUAUAGUUUUACAAUUUUCUUUUAAUAUAGAUCUAUACUUUUAGUUUAAGAAACAAUUUUAUUGUAAUAUAUAUAUUUUUAUCUUUAUAUGUUUACUAGGUUAACAAUCCAAUAAAACCAUUCAAUGUACUAAUAUUUUAAUAUUUGUUAAAUUAUUUUUUAUGCUUGUGUCGCAGUGGAAGUGUACAGCUAUUUGUAUAAAAACAUGGCUAUAACAUUAAAACAAGAUUUCAUUGUUUUUAGUACCUCUAUAUCUACGAGGGAAGGGAUGAGAGACUGAUAGCCUAAAUACAUUUCCAAUAGUAUACAUUUUUUUUUACACCAUUAUUAUAUAAAUACUAUCGGUGGAAAAACAAAGAACAGCAAUUAAAAAAAAACUAAACUUUUAAAGUAUGGUACUAGGUAUAUACAAAAAGAAAAAAGUUAACUCUUAAUGCUACUGGUAAAAAUGUUUAUUAAAUCUAUUCAAAACUGUGUAAGACAGUGGAGUACAUAAUAAACUUAACUUUGAGUGGAGCAAUUUUUACAGACAACAAGCCUAAACAGCCAGUUGUGAUUCAAUUCAUAUGCCCAGAUCUAAUUAAUAUCAAACUUUCCAUCAACACAAAAGAAACACAACUUUUACAUAAAAAAUAAUAAGCUAGUGUAAAGAGUAUUUCUUACAAUAAACCUUGGG